UCUCUCGCCCAUGCCUCAGUCUAGCUCGCCCCUGGAGCCCUGCAGAGAGUCAGCGAACAGCUACCGGUGGAGUGAGAGAAAAGGGAAACUCCGUCUGCGUGUCUGUCACACUGAACGAAAACAAACGUGUUGGACUGAGUGAGAGCGCGCUGUCGAAAUAAACGAGGCAACAAUGUCUGAGGGAGUUAUCACCAGAAUGGGGCUUCUUCUGCUCAUCAUCAGCUCGACAAUGGCCCAGGACUGUUCCGAUCCCUGUGACUGCCCGUCGGAUCCCCCUCCAUGCCCGUUUGGUACCAGCCUGGUUCUGGAUGGCUGUGGUUGCUGCAAGGUGUGUGCCAGGCAAGCCGGCGAGCCCUGUACCCUCCUGGAGCCAUGUGACCACCACAAAGAGCUUUACUGUGAUUAUGCAAUGCUGAGUGACACUGAGCACGGCAUCUGCAUGGCCCAGGAAGGCCAGACGUGUGGCCUGGGAGGGGUCAUCUACCGCAGUGGAGAGACCUUUCAGCCCAGCUGCAAGCACCAGUGCGUCUGUAUGAACGGAGAGAUCGGCUGCGUGCCAACCUGUGCCAACAACGUGCUGCUGGCCUCUCCAGACUGCCCGUACCCACGCCGCAUCCAGAUCCCUGGGAAGUGCUGUGAGGAGUGGGUGUGUGAUCAGAGCCCUCAGGACAACCCCUAUCAGUCAGCCAUGGCUGUCUACAGAAAGGAGUCAGCCCACGUGCCGGUCCCGGUGGAGAGCCCCAGGGAGAACUGCAUCGUCCAGACCACCAAAUGGGGCGAGUGCUCGGCCACUUGCGGCAUGGGCGUGUCGUACCGCGUCACCAACGACAACGAGCGGUGCCAGCUGGAGAGGCAGACCCGUAUCUGUAUGAUCCGGCCCUGCCACGUGGAGCAAGAGAAGGACAUCAAGAGGGGGAAGAAGUGUGUACGGACCCCCAAGUCCUCGCGAGGUGUGCGUUUCCAGCUGUCAGGCUGCAACAGCAGGAGGGUCUACAAGCCCAAGUUCUGUGGCGUGUGUACGGACGGGCGCUGCUGCACCCCCCACAGCACCGUCACCGCAGAGGUGGAGUUCCACUGUCCCGAGGGAGACGCCUUCAGACGCAAGAUGAUGUUCGUCAAGACGUGCUCCUGUCACCACGACUGUCCCCGAGACAAUGACAUCUUCCUGGCUUCGCACACACGCAGGAUGAUCGGGGACUAUGACAACGAUAUGUAACCGACGUGGCUGCCGUACGCACUGCACAGAUAACGUUACACACACACACACACACACACACACACACACACACACACACACACGCACACGCACACGCACAAGCACGGAUAAAACUCCUUCACAUCACUCCCCCACCACCCUCACACACUGAUAGGCUGCUCUUUGAAUUCCUGGACCCUGUCUCUACCUUACUACCCAUAGGGAUGUCAACCUGGUUGAAUUCCUGGACCCUGUCUCUACUUUACUACCCAUAGGGAUGUCAACCUGGUUGAAUUCCUGGACCCUGUCUCUACCUUACUACCCAUAGGGAUGUCAACCUGGUUGAAUUCCUGGACCCUGUCUCUACCUUACUACCCAUAGGGAUGUCAACCUGGUUGAAUUCCUGGAUCCUGUCUCUACCUUACUACCCAUAGGGAUGUCAACCUGGUUGUGAGACUGAAAAAAAAGAAUGUGUGAUUGCAAGAUAUGAAGAAGUAGAGCAUGAGAUUUACUUUUUAGGUUUUAUUUUUUAAAUUUAAUUUAACUUUUUUUAUUUUUUUAAAUGCGCAGCUCUAAAGUCACCUCACUCUUUGAUUGGCUCUUUGAUUGGUCUGUCUGUAUGUCUACAGAGAUACUGAAGGGCGGAUCUGACGCACUGAGGACUCAAUGUUAGAGACAAUGUUUGGCAAGAAUAUAUUUACAUACACUGCUUAAUUGCCAUGGGAACAUGACACGGUAGUGUACAGAUGAGAGGUAGGUAGCCUAUGCCAGUGUCUCCCAACUCCGUACCCCCAACAGCAUACAUUGUUGUUUUAGCCCAGGACAAAAACACCUGAUUCAACUUGUCAAGGGCUUGAUUAUUAGUUAACAAGUAGAAUCAGGUGUGCUUGUCCGGGGCCACAACAAAAAUAUGGCCUAGGUUGAGGGCGCACUGAACGGCGAGGCACUUUACUGAACCAAAUUUCACAUCUUGACAUAAAAUUUUAGAAUACGACAUUUAAAAAGUAUAUUUUUCAUAUGUUAAAGAUGAACAAUACAGAACUUGUUUGGAUAUAUUGUAGUACUGGUAUGUGCCUUGACAUCUGUAUAAUAUUGAUUGAAUAUAUAUAUAAUUAUAAUUAAGAAUGUCAAUAAUAUUGUUUACUGUUUAUUUAAAAAAAUAAAAGAAGGAAUGAAAUGAAAAAAGAAAUUUGGCAUUUAACGAAAACACCUUGUGUAAAUACUGAAAGACUGUGUACAAUUUAGUAUUAUAAUUUAUUACCUGGUUGUUUCAUUAAUAACACCAUGUUGAAGGUUAGUGUUGUUUAAUUAAUAACACCAUGUUGAAGGUUGUUGUUGUUUCAUUAAUAACACCAUGUUGAAAGUUGUUGUUGUUUCAUUAAUAACACCAUGUUGAAGGUUAGUGUUGUUUAAUUAAUAACACCAUGUUGAAGGUUGUUGUUGUUUCAUUAAUAACACCAUGUUGAAGGUUAGUGUUGUUUAAUUAAUAACACCAUGUUGAAGGUUGUUGUUGUUUCAUUAAUAACACCAUGUUGAAGGUUGUUGUUGUUUCAUUAAUAACACCAUGUUGAAGGUUGUUGUUGUUUCAUUAAUAACACCAUGUUGAAGGUUGUUGUUUCAUUAAUAACACCAUGUUGAAGGUUGUUGUUUAAUUAAUAACACCAUGUUGAAGGUUGUUGUUGUUUAAAUAAUAACACCAUGUUGAAGGUUGUUGUUGUGUAAUUAAUAACACCAUGUUGAAGGUUGUUGUUGUGUAAUUAAUAACACCAUGUUGAAGGUUGUUGUUGUGUAAUUAAUAACACAAUGUUGAAGGUUGUUGUUGUGUAAUUAAUAACACCAUGUUGAAGGUUGUUGUUGUGUAAUUAAUAACACCAUGUUGAAGGUUGUUGUUGUGUAAUUAAUAACACCAUGUUGAAGGUUGUUGUUUCAUUAAUAACACCAUGUUGAAGGUUGUUGUUGUUUCAUUAAUAACACCAUGUUGAAGGUUGUUGUUGUGUAAUUAAUAACACCAUGUUGAAGGUUGUUGUUGUGUAAUUAAUAACACCAUGUUGAAGGUUGUUGUUGUGUAAUUAAUAACACCAUGUUGAAGGUUGUUGUUGUG